AUGCGGCCCCUUCUGGUCAAUGGCGUCACCGGCGAUGGGAUUGCUCCGGACGCUCUGGAACCCAUCGCCGUCGUUGGCCUUGCUACGCAAUUCCCCCAAGCCACCUCGACCGAAAGCUUAUGGGAGAUCCUUUUGCAGGCACGAUCCACCUGGUCUCCUAUUCCGAAAGAACGAUUCAAUGCCGCCGCAUUCUACCAUCCAGAUCCCGAGCAUGGAGGCACGUUUCAUGUACAAGGGGGGCAUUUCCUCGCCGAGGACCCUGCCUAUUUUGAUGGAUCUUUCUUCAAUAUCACCAGGAAUGAAUUGUUGACCCUCGAUCCGCAACAACGGCUGGUUCUGGAGAAUGUCUUCCAUGCGCUUGAAAAUUCUGGCAUCUCCAUAGCGGAUGCUCUGGGCUCCAACACCUCUGUGUUUGUCAGCGGAUUCAAUCAUGACUACCUCGGCAUUCUCAAUUCUGAUCCUGAGACAAAUAUCAAGUACAAGCCCACAGGAGUCACCAAUUCAAUUCUGUCGAACCGAGUGAGCUGGUUUUUUGAUUUCAAGGGUCCCAGUAUGACCAUUGAUACUGCCUGCUCCAGUAGCCUGGUGGCGCUGCAUCUCGCGGUACAGAGCUUGCGGGCUCGUGAAACAAAUAUGGCCCUUGUCAGCGGCGUAAGUAUCCUAGAGAAUCCCGUGGAGACCAUUGGCAUGAGCCACCAUGGCUUGCUGGGGGCUCAAGGCCGGUCGUUUAGUUUUGAUGCACGAGCAGAGGGCUAUGCCCGGGGCGAAGGUGUAGGCACAGUAGUCCUCAAGCCCUUGUCGAUUGCGGUGAGAGACGGCGAUACGAUUCGCGCUGUGAUUCGGGAGACCGGAGUCAAUCAGGACGGACGAACACCGGGGAUCACUGUACCAAGCGCGGAGGCUCAAGAGAGAUUAAUACGACAGGUGUAUUGGAGAGCCGGUCUGGACGUGGCGGAGACAAGAUUCGUCGAGGCCCAUGGCACCGGCACCCCAACAGGUGAUCCCAUUGAGGCAGGUGCUCUUGCGCGAGCGUUUCGAUGCCAAAGAGACACGCCACUGUACGUCGGUACAAUCAAGUCUACCAUCGGCCAUCUUGAAGGUGGUUCCGGCGUUGCGAGUCUCAUCAAAUCCGUUCUCAUUCUCGAGUCCGGCAUCAUUCCACCCAACUUCGAUCUGCAGAAGGUGAAUCCCAGUAUUCCAGCGAAGGAUUGGAACCUCGCGUUUCCUACUAAAACCACCCCUUGGCCUUCCCCAGGUCUUCGCAGAAUCUCGGUCAACUCAUUUGGAAUCGGGGGCACCAAUGCUCACUGUGUUCUCGACGAUGCUUACCACUAUCUCAACCAACGACGCAUCGUGGCUACACACAAUACAACGAUGACCGUACCAAAGCUUUCAAUGCUCAGGGGAAAGACUUUAAAUCCACAGAUAGACAACAAGACGGCUCACAGUAGAUCAAGCUCUGGCGAUGAAAGCGAUCAUUCCGCUAGCAGCGCUUCCUUUGUCGACACGCCCACAACCGAUGCGUUCUGCUUCUCUCCUGUCCUUGGAGCCUGGGAUUCAUAUACGAGCUUGAACGUCCCCAAACUCUUCAUGCUGUCUGCUUUUGACGAAGAUGGCGUUAAGCGAAACGCAUCUGCGCACGCUCACUACCUUGACCGUAAGAGGAGCCACAAAAAUUCCCUCGACCGAGUGCUUGAUGACCUCUCAUUUACACUUUCGAAUCGCCGAACGAAAUUCCCUUGGAAAAGUGUUGUCAUGGCAUCGACACCGAAAGAGCUUGCUAGAAACCUGUUUGAAUCAAAUUUCACCAAACCUGUCAGGUCGACUCAUGAACCAGAAGUUUCUUUCGUUUUCACUGGACAGGGCGCUCAAUACCAGGCGAUGGGCAGUGCUUUGUUGACCUAUCCAGUGUUCCAGGAGUCACUUGAGGAGGCCUCCGAAUACAUUCGUCGGUUGGGAAGCCCAUGGUCCCUGAUUGAAGAACUGCUCUCCGAGAGGAAGUCUCCCCGGGUCAAUCUUCCUGAAAUUGCUCAUCCGCUCUGCACGGCACUCCAAGUCGCUAUCGUUGACCUGUUGGCCAGCUGGGGUAUAUUUCCAAAGUGUGUGACUGGUCACUCGUCUGGUGAAAUUGCCGCAGCAUACUGUGCCGGUAAGAUAUCACGCGAGGGUGCCUGGAAGGCUGCAUAUUACCGCGGAUAUGUUUCCUCGAAACAACUUUCUGCCAAUGGAGCUAUGAUGGCGGUUGGACUAGAGUUCUCCAAACUGGAGCUCUAUCUCGAUGCCGUUCGCCGGCAGACCCCUGGAGAGCUUAUCAUAGCUUGCUACAACAGCCCCAGGAACAACACCGUAUCAGGUGACGAGGUCAUGAUUGACGCGUUGAAGAAACUCCUCGAUACCAACGGUGUCUUCGCGAGGAAGCUGAACGUCAAGAAUGCCUACCAUUCAGCACACAUGCUCACGAUUUCUGAAGAGUACUUACAACUGAUGGGCAGCAUUUCCAGCGGAAAACGUCUGGCCACACCCCAUGUGGUGCACAUGAUCUCGACCGUCACUGGAGCAGAGGUUAUGGAUGAGCACCUCCCCGGCCAGUACUGGGUUGAUAACAUGGUCUCUCCCGUGAAAUUCACCGAUGGCCUCACUGCAAUGAACAUGCGGUCAUCUGAUACCGGCGAUCGUAUGACCCAUAUCGUGGAGAUCGGACCACACUCGACGUUGCAAAGCGCCAUCAAAGAGACCCUUUCUCUGCACAAAGAUCGAUCGGAUAUCAAAUAUCUUGCCGUUCUCAAACGCAAUGACUCUGGUGUCAAUGUAUUGCUGAAUACGGUUGGGUUUCUGGCUGCUAAUGGCUGCGCAGUGGAUUUGCACAAGGUAAACAUCGCUUCUCGACCACGUGCGAGGCUGUGCAGAAUGUUGGUCGAUCUACCCCCUUACGUCUUCAAGCAUACAGAGAAGAUCCUUUACGAAACUCGGCUCAGCAAGAACACACGGCAAAGAAAAUUCCCGCGUCAUGACCUUUUUGGUGCCCCUGUGGCGGAUUGGAAUGUGGAUGCCCCGCGAUGGAGGCAUUUCGUGCGAUUGAAUGAGAACCCAUGGCUGAGAGACCAUGUGGUCACUGGAAACUAUGUCUAUCCUGGAGUUGGGUAUCUCAUUAUGGCCAUUGAAGCCUCUCGUCAAUUGGUAGAUGACCAAAAGAUCAAUGGAUUCCGGCUUCGUCGAGUUUCCAUCAGAAGAGCCUUGAUAGUUCCAGAUACCAAGGAAGGUAUUGAAGUCAGCCUUUCAAUGACAACGGCAGACAACUCUUCCGAGUCGAGACCAUGGCGCCGGUUCCAGAUCAGCUCAUACAAUGAGUCCAGCGAUGAAUGGACAGAGCACUGCUCAGGGUAUAUCCUUGUUGACCUUAAAUCGUCGCUCGAUCUCGUCGACGAUGGCCGCGAUGGAAAUGAGGAAUCCCGAGCUUGGAAAGCCGAUUUGAAGCAUGCUCAAGAGGUAUGCACCCGUCCAAUGAACUUCCAUACCAUUUACGACAAUCUUCGACAAUCCGGACUCAACUUCGGUCCUCUCUUCCGUAAUCUGGGCAAUGUUCGAUCAAGUGGAUCACGGCUCGGUUCCAUGACUGGCACAGUAACGGUCCCUGACAUCGCGAAAUCUAUGCCAAAGCAGUACAUGCAUAACCACUUUAUCCAUCCAGCGACAAUGGACAGUAUGAUCCAUAUGAUGAUUGCAUCGAUUCUGGAUCAGACCGACAAGUCCUCUUUAGAGACAAUCAGACUCCCCACAUACAUUCGCGACAUGUGGGUUUCGGGAGGCGUGAAGUCCACACCACAUCAUAAGUUCACCGGGCACGCAUCUGUGAGCAUUUGCGCAUCCGAGAAAGUCGAGGGCAUGAUCAGAAUUAUGGAUGAGACAAGCAAUGAUAUUCGAAUUCGCAUGGACGGGAUAGAGCUGACGCCCCUUGAGUCCGGUCUUGCGGAAAACACCGCGCGCCAACUUUGUACUUCCCUAGUGUGGAAGCCAGACUUGAACUUCCUGAAUUCAAGGUCUGCGUGCGAGCUCAGCAUGGUGGAGAAUCAUGACUUUGAUCAAGAUCGGUACUGGAUCAAGCGUCUUCAGCUAGCCUCGAUGCUCUAUGUGACUGAUGCUUUGAAUCAAUUGGCCGGACUUGAUGUGAAGACACUUGACCUUCAUUUGCGCAGAUUCUGGGACUGGAUGGAGCAUACAAAGAAUCUGCUUUUCAGUGAUGAGAUCAUUCAUCUUCCCUACGCCGAAUUCAAGCAGGUCGCCCAAGAUGAUGCAACGAAAUAUGCUAUUUUUGAUGAAAUCGAAGCGCAUAGUUCAGAAGGAGCAAUCACUGCUCGCAUGGGUCGUAACAUUGCCAGAAUCAUGCAGCAGGAAGUCGACCCUCUACACUUGAUGUUUGGUGAGGAUGCAGUUAUGGAAGGCGUCUACAAAGAAGGCCUCCAUCUUUACGAUCUCCCACAGCAUCUUCAAAGCCACCUCUCUCUUCUGCGUCAUCAGUACUCCGAACUGAACAUUUUGGAAAUUGGAGGCGGGACAGGAAGUUUCACAGCUGAAGUUUUGAAAGUUCUUUCGCCCAACCCAGAUGCGAACCAAGGAGGUGUCGCACACUACACCUUCACCGACAUCUCAUCAGGAUUUUUUGAGAAGGCGAAAACUCGCUUCCAGCCAUGGAGUGACAUCAUGACGUUCCAAUCCCUUGACAUCGAGAGAAGCCCUGUCGACCAAGGCUUCCAAACUGGAAAGUACGACUUGAUCUUCGCGGGCAACGUUAUUCACGCCACUGCCAAUCUCCACAAUGCUCUUGGCAAUUUGCGCUCUCUCCUUCGACCUGGUGGACAGCUUAUCAUGCAGGAAGGCAUCAGACAGGACUUCUUGUGGUACCCCCUUGUCUUCGGUCAGCUCCCUGGAUGGUGGCUUGGCAAUGAGCCUAUCAGAAAAUGGUGUCCUUACAUACCAGCUACCGAAUGGAACAAAAUCCUCUCGGAGUCCGGGUUCUCCGGUGUUGAUAUCGAGUACCCGAGCUCGACCCAAGAAGACUUGAGCUGGCAGAGCAUAAUUGUCUCUACAGCCACGCGACCCAAAGUCAAGUCCGUCCGUAAUGUCUUCAUUUUGUCAUCCGGAUCACCUACAACGGCAGGUACAAUCAAUGUCCUUCGCCAGAUGUUUCCGCAAAUAGAGGGAGCGCCGAAAGUGACUAUAGUGGAUCCAUCGCAGCUUGACCGGCUGGCAUACCAAGACGCUGUUUAUCUCUCUCUUAUUGACCUCGAGAAGAACUUUGUGUCUGAAAUGCACGAAGCGGAGUACACCUCUCUCAAGAAGAUGCUGAUGGAAAGCGAAAAUCUGUUAUGGGUAACACCCGAUCAGGGUGAAGAACCGUUCACAAACAUGAGCAUGGGUCUACUUCGCACCGUUCGUUGGGAACGCGAUGCCGAUUGUUCGAACAUCGUGACACUGAAAGUCGCUAAUUGUAAGGGCGUCUCCACGACUACGCUGGCUAUCAACAUUCGCAAGAUCAUUGAACGACAGUUCCUGGAGCAGAACGAUGAUGAUCGCCAUGCAGAAUAUCUUCUCAAAGAUGACACAAUUCACAUUGGUCGUCUGCGUGAAUGGGAGAAGGCAGACAAUUUUCUUAAUCUGCAGUCUUCCAAUCUGGCACUCAAAAUGAAGAGAAUCGGUGAUUUGGAAAAGCCAAUUGAGCUUGUCUCUGGACCGAAUGGUUUGCAUUGGAUCAUGUGCGAUUCCCUUCAGACCUCUUUGAACGACACGGAAGUUGAGGUCGAGGUGCGCGCAGUUGGCCUUAACCCCCAGUCCGGUUCAGCCAGUCAAUCAAACGAGGCUUCCGGUAUUGUCAAGAAAGUUGGCGGUGCAGUGGACAGCCUCGUACCAGGUGAUCGUGUCAGUUUCAUGAGCGCGGAAGCUACAUGUUUCCGGACCUUGGCUCGAGUCGAUCAGACUCUGGUAGUCAGGUUGCCAGAAAAUGUUCCGUUCGAAGUCGCUGCUGGGCUGCCUUCGAUCUACACCGCGGUAAUAUACGGACUGAAUGAUAUAGCCAGGCUCAGCGAGGAUGACACUGUCUUGAUCCAUACUGGUGCCUCUGAUCUUGGUCAAGCAGCUAUUCAAUACGCCAAGAACAUCGGAGCCGAGAUUUACACCACGGUGUCAAAGCCUGAGGACCGAUCAUUCGUCACUUCAGAGUAUGGCAUUCCCGAUGAUCAUGUCUUCUCAUGCGGCAAUCUCAGCUUUGCUAGGGGUAUCAUGAGAAGCACAAAAGGCGAAGGUGUCGAUGUUAUCUUUAAUACUCUGACUGGUGAAGCACUACAAGAGUCUCUGAGCUGCAUGGCCCCGUUCGGUCGCUUCAUUGAGGCAUCCGGCAAGAAAUCUCGGAAUGAUACCAUUAUCGAGCUCAGUUCACUACAACGCAAUGUGACUGUGUCCAGCAUCGACAUGUCACUCCUGAUUAGACGACGCCCGAAGCUUGUUCGGCGCUUGUUGACAGAGACAUUUAAGUUAUUCUUUGAAGGCAAGAUCAGCCAGAUUUACCGCACAACAGUCAUGAAUUUCACACAGAUCAAAGAUGGCAUACAUGCUCUGCGAGAUAAUCAGAGUCUAGGCAAGAUUAUCUUUGUCCCAAAUUCUCUUGAUACCAUUCUUGUUGCCCCUAAUAUCAUGCCUCCUUAUCAAUUCGACGGCAAUGCGUCGUAUCUACUUGCUGGUGGUCUUGGUGGGUUGGGACGCAGCCUGGCUCGUUGGAUGGCUUCCCGUGGUGCAAAGAAUCUCAUUUUCCUCUCACGAACUGGAAUUGUGACGGAGCCGGUCGAAGGGAUGAUUGCAGACCUGGAGACUUUUGGUUGCAACACUCAUAUUUUUGCCUGUGACGUUGCUGAUGCAGAUCGUCUCCGCGCUGUUGUCGAUGAGUGUUUGACUACAUUGCCGCCAAUUAAAGGGUGUUUUCAGGGGUCUAUGGUCUUACGAGACGGUGCUUUUGCCAGCAUGUCGUUCGAUGAUUGGAAAGCCACAAUCAGCCCCAAAGUUCAAGGCUCGUGGAACCUGCACCAAACCCUUCCAGAAAGUCUCGACUUCUUCGUGAUGUUGUCGUCGGUUGCCGGCAUCUUCGGUAACCGUGGUCAAGCCAACUACGCAGCCGGAAACACCUUCCAAGAUGCACUGGCCGCAUUUCGUACUUCCAAAGGCUUGAAAGCAUCCAGUAUCAACCUGGGUAGUGUCUCAAGUGUCGGAUGGGUUGCGGAGAAUCGAAACUCGAUGCCCACGAACACCGCAGUAUUAUUCGAACUCUUGCGUGAGGACGAGGUACAUGCCGCAAUUGAGUUCUUGAUCAAUUCCAGACACGAGACGGCAGAAUCAAAUGCCCCUUCUCAGUCACAAUUGGUUCUUGGUCUCCCAACCGCUCAGAUGUGCGAGAAAAACGGCAUUCCAUCACCGAAAUAUCUCAACUAUGCUCUAUUCACGCAUCUUCGGACAACAACUAUCGCCAAAAAGAGUGAAAAAGGGACACAAAAGACUAUCAGCACGGCUGCACUUCUUACUGCAGCAUCCAGCAAAGAAGACGCCAUAGCCAUUGUCUCAAACGGCCUUGUUGAACGACUGUCUUCCCUACUAGCCAUCCCAACAACAGAGCUCGACCCACAAAGGUUCGGAUUCGGAAAUAUUGACUCACUGGUCGCAAUGGAAUUCCGCUCUUGGAUCGUUAAAGAGCUGAAAGCCGAAGUCUCUCUACUGGACAUUAUGGGUGCGCAGAACAUUUUUAGCCUGAGUGAAAAGAUCGCUCAGACCAGCCGACUUGUCGUGGGUGAAUCAUGA